UUUUUUCGAAAUGCUAGGUAAUUUGUCAACCAAUUGCACAUUAGUGAAAAGAAGCGUGGUUCGUCUAGAAGUGCCGGCCGCAAUUUGACUGUGAAUUCUCUUAAUUUUUGUAUUGUUAAAGUUAAAAAAGAAACUUGCAAAGAUGCCAGAAGAAGCAGAAACUUUUGCCUUCCAGGCUGAGAUUGCUCAGCUUAUGUCCCUGAUCAUCAAUACGUUCUACUCGAACAAAGAAAUCUUCCUUCGUGAAUUGGUUUCUAACUCCUCUGAUGCUCUUGACAAGAUUCGCUAUGAAUCUUUGACAGACCCCACCAAACUGGACAGCGGCAAGGAAUUGUUCAUCAAAUUGAUUCCCAACAAGGCCGCUGGCACAUUGACCAUCAUCGAUACUGGUAUCGGUAUGACUAAGGCUGAUUUGGUAAACAACUUGGGUACCAUCGCCAAGUCCGGUACCAAGGCAUUCAUGGAAGCUCUUCAAGCUGGAGCCGAUAUUAGUAUGAUUGGUCAAUUCGGUGUCGGUUUCUACUCUGCUUACCUUAUCGCCGACAAAGUAACAGUCACCUCCAAACACAACGAUGACGAACAAUACAUUUGGGAGUCAUCUGCUGGAGGUUCCUUUACCGUCCGCCAAGACAACACUGAACCCCUUGGACGUGGUACCAAGAUCGUCUUGCACAUAAAAGAAGAUCAAACUGAGUACUUGGAGGAGAGCAAGAUCAAGGAAAUUGUCACCAAGCACUCUCAAUUCAUUGGUUAUCCUAUCAAAUUGUUGAUUGAGAAAACACGUGAUGAGGAAGUCAGUGAUGACGAAGCCGCUGAUGAGUCAGAGGAAAAGAAAGACGAGAAGAAAGAAGACGAGCCCAAACUUGAAGAUGUUGGUGAAGACGAGGACGCUGACAAAGAUAAGAAAAAGAAGAAGAAGAUCCAAGUCAAGUAUACUGAAGACGAGGAAUUGAAUAAGACUAAGCCCAUCUGGACCAGAAAUCCUGAUGAUAUUUCCCAGGAGGAAUACGGCGAGUUUUACAAAUCCUUGGCCAAUGACUGGGAAGAUCAUUUAGCCGUCAAACAUUUUUCAGUUGAAGGUCAAUUGGAAUUCCGUGCUCUUCUCUUUGUGCCACGUCGUGUGCCCUUCGAUCUCUUCGAUAACCAAAAGAAGAAGAACAACAUCAAAUUGUAUGUGCGCCGUGUGUUCAUUAUGGAUAACUGUGAGGAUCUCAUUCCAUCCUACUUGAACUUCAUGAAGGGUGUUGUUGACUCAGAAGAUUUGCCGCUAAACAUCUCACGUGAAAUGCUCCAACAGAACAAGGUUCUUAAGGUCAUCCGCAAGAACUUGGUUAAGAAGUGCAUGGAAUUGUUCGAGGAACUGACCGAAGACAAAGAGAACUACAAGAAAUUCUACGAACAGUUCAGCAAGAACUUGAAAUUAGGUGUUCAUGAAGACACCAACAGCCGCGCUAAGCUUUCUGAUUUGUUGCGUUACCAAACUUCAGCUUCGGGCGAGGAAGCUUGCUCUUUGGCUGACUAUGUCAGUCGCAUGAAGGAGAACCAGAAGCACAUUUACUUCAUCACUGGUGAAUCACAAGACCAAGUCAGCAACUCUGCCUUCGUUGAACGUGUCAAGAAACGUGGAUUCGAGGUUGUCUACAUGACUGAACCAAUCGACGAAUACGUCAUCCAGCACCUGAAGGAAUACAAGGGCAAACAGUUGGUAUCAGUGACCAAGGAAGGUUUGGAAUUGCCAGAAGACGAGGAAGAGAAGAAGAAGCGCGAAGAAGACAAAGCCAAGUUCGAGAAUUUGUGCAAGGUCAUGAAGUCGAUCUUGGACAACAAAGUCGAAAAGGUUGUCGUGUCUAACCGUCUUGUUGAGUCACCCUGCUGUAUUGUAACAUCACAGUUUGGUUGGUCAGCCAACAUGGAGCGUAUCAUGAAGGCACAAGCUCUACGCGAUUCCUCCACCAUGGGAUACAUGGCUGGCAAGAAGCACUUGGAAAUCAACCCAGACCAUCCAAUUGUCGAUACUCUCCGCCUCAAAGCUGAUGCCGAUAAGAACGACAAAGCUGUGAAAGACUUGGUCAUCCUGCUUUUCGAGACAUCCCUGCUCUCAUCUGGUUUCUCAUUGGACAGUCCACAAGUUCAUGCCUCAAGAAUUUACCGCAUGAUCAAGCUUGGUCUUGGCAUCGAUGAUGAUGAACCAAUGGCUACAGAAGAACCAACUGCUGCUGGAGGAGGUGAUGCACCACCACUAGUGGAGGAUGUAGAAGAUGCUUCCCACAUGGAGGAGGUAGAUUAAACAACUCCCAUAGAAAAUAAAAACUAUUCCAACCGAGCGCUUGCUGCACAAUAGUAUAUUCCAUACACAUUAAAAGAAGAAGAAACAAACUAAAAUUGAUUAAAAUUAAUAACACAUACAAAAUAAACUCAUUAGGAAUCCCCACCACAUGGCAAUGCUGCGUUAUAGUGGCAUCGGAGCCUCCACUGCAUUUUAUUGAAAACUGAAAUUAGGCUUUUUUUUUAAAGUGUUAAUCCUCUUUUUUUAAGUAUAAUUGGUGUGAAAUAAAGUUCUAGGCUUUAUAGAAA